CUGCAUUGAAAGAUGGCGUUAACUUAUGUGGCUAUUGUAACAAUUUUUAUAGUUCUUAUAGGUAAAAAUAACUCUUCUAAGUUAAAUGUGCCGCGAGUUUUAUUACCUUACAACUUAGAUAUUCCUACAAAUUAUAGUUUAGAAGUAACAGAAGGAGGGUGUUAUAAAUGGAGUUCGUCUCGAACUGAUGUGGCUACUGUUACUCCAUUGGAUAUAGAAUCAGAGAAAGAUUGUUCCACUAGAGCAGUUGUGUCAGCUAUCUCUCGCAGUCCAUCACGCUCUUCCACUAUAGUUUUAGCUCAGGAAGAAAGGACAGGAGAGAUUUUACGUUGUGAUGUCAUUGUGGAUGCUAUUCACUCAAUUGAAAUCAUCACCACUACAAGAGAACUAUAUCUGGAGAAUGCGCCAGAAGCAUUUGAGGUCCAUGCUAAAAAUGAUCAAGAGGACACUUUUUCUAGCCUGGAGGGUGUUCCUUUUGAGUGGACGGUGAGUGAUGGUGAAGUACAUGGAAGUGCUGGAGUUAUCAGGUUUCUGAAGUUUGCAGACUCACCCUAUGAGACUCCUCCAUCUAUCGAUAUGUGGGAAAAACAAGGUCUUCAUGGGUCAGUUGUUUUGGUUGAAGGCGUUAAAACUGGUACAGCUAAAGUCAGAGCUAAGCUGAUAAGUCUAAGUUAUAAGCACGUGCACUUCAGUGAAGUAAACCUGAUGGUUGUGGCUAACUUAAUCUUGAACCCAGCCUCUGUCUUUCUUCUACCACAUUCAAGAGUCAAUUAUCGAGUAGAACUUAUAAAACAAGGACGUGCUCAUGAGAUCUCUAUGCCUUCUGACCAGUAUUAUUUAGAGGUGACGAACACGACAGUAGCUCAAUUGAAUACAGCAACAUCAGAUGUGACUGCUUUAGUAGAAGGACAGACCACUAUUGUGUUGAAGGAUAGAAACAUUAAAAGCCACGAGAUGCCUCGACAGCCCUCAGGGAAUAUUGAUGUUGUUUCACCAAGUUAUAUGAGUUUUGAAGUAGCACCAAGUGACAACUGGGCCCUGCUUGAACAGACCACCUAUGUCAUAAUUGUAAAGAUAUUUGAUGUUCGACAUCAUCGUAUUUAUUUAGCAGAUAAUAUUCGAGUAAAGGUGAACUUUCCAGGAAAACACUUUCAUGUGAAAAUCUCUUCAGUUAAUGGAACUCACCAUAUUGUUCAGACUCUACUUCCAGGGCCAUGUAAGAUUAAAGGGGAACUUCUGGGUUUUGUGGAUGAGGAUGGAGUGCUGAAAUCAUACGAACCAACGAUCCGUGCUGUUCAAGAUGUUAUCAUAUACCAGAAAAUAUUAGUUACUCCAGCAUUCGUGCUUCUGCCUUGGGACCCCAUUCGCAAACCAACAUAUUCUAUUUAUCCUAUGGCAACUGGAGGAACAGGAUUUUACAAAUGGAUUUCAUCAAAUACUACCAUAGCUUCUGUUACUUCUAAAGCAGAUGAUAAAAAUAAAGCAAUAGUUACUACGUAUGGAUGGAGGGAAGUAAACAUCACUGCAGUUGACAUACAUAAUUCUUUUUUUUCUAAUUAUAUGAUGGUAUCAAUUCAACCUGUAGCAGAUUUGGAGAUUGUCCCAUCAGUGGUGGAAGCCGAAAUUGCCGAUUCAGUUAUUGUACCUCUUCGUUUCUAUGGUUAUGAAGAUCCGGUAGAUAAAACCAAGAAAAAGACAUUUGAUGAAUGUUUGGAUGUUCCUAUUGAUGUGGAUAUUGUGGAAAAAACAGUAUUCCUAUUUAUAGAAGACAGUAAGUUCCCACCCAUGGGAGGAGGAUGCCGCAGUCUCGAAUUUGUUUGUAAAGAGAGUGGUCACUCCCGGAUCUUUGUAAAGUACGAUGUCGCACCUAUACAUCUGAAGACUACAGCUGUAAUUGGUUGCUUUAAACCACUUAAGCCGGUUCAUCCUGUGAGAGUAGCUGUUCUUCCGAUAGGAUCCUCAAAGGAAAUUGUUUUUGAAGGAGGGCCCCGACCUUGGCCAAUGUACCCAAAAGGACACUAUUCAAACUUGGUUGCAGAAAACAAGACCCUGGUGAGAAUUUUACCAAUGUUAGACCCAUACCGACACAAUAAGGACUUGCACAUAUUCCGUGUGGUUUGUCUUGAUCUCAGUGAAACUCCUUUAGAACUAAAUGUCGGGAAUGAGAAGUCGGCUACUAUCCCUAGUCCUGCACGAAGUCAAUCUACCAUUAAUAGGAUCGUUUGUGGAGAACCGUACUCUCUCCACCUAAAGGUGAAGCUUCAAGAAGUGAAAGGACAGAAGGCUCCUUGUCCUAUAUCAGAAACUGCUAUAAGAGUUCCUGUACACAACUACAAACAGCUGGAAGUGGAAGUGUGGGUGAAAGAUAAAUUAGGAAGAAAAUUUGCCAAUGUUUCAUCUUUCAACUUGCUUUGGGAACUCUCUGAUUACACGUUGGCAAAGCUGAAAGAUUACAGAGAUGUUGUUAUUGAAUCUGAUGGAUCAAAGGGUUAUCGAAAGGUUCAUCGAAAUUAUCAGGUGAUUUAUCCUGAAGGAAAAGCAGGUUUAUUGAAAGUUACUGUCAAAUUAACCGGCUACAGAGCAGAUGUUAUUAAGAAAGAAAAUGCUCGUCUGUUGCCACCACUUGACGAACCACUUACUCAGAGUAUAGAACUAGAUCUGGUGGAUGAUCCAUUAAUAAAACCUGAUGAAGUAUCAGUUUUUAAUCACCCGUCUAAUAAGAUUUCACUGACAGUCCAAAGAGGAUCGGGCUAUUUCUUUAUUGAAACCAGUGAUCCCAGUAAAGCUAUGGUGGAAUAUGAUGGUUCAUCACAAAUAAUUCAGGUAACACCAGUUAAAGAUGGCUCAAUAACCAUUACUGCUCAUGACCUCUGCCUGGAACCUAGAGUGUUGGGUUUAGCACAUGUGCAUAUAUCUGGAAUUUCAGCUAUUAAUGUGGAUAUGAUUGACAAGGUGGAAGUUGGAAAAACGAUUAUCGCUACUGUUGAAGUAUUAGAUGCUCAGUUGAAAAACCUUCCAGCUUCAGUGUUUUCUUUGAUGAACCUUCGCCCAGUUUCUUCAUCUAACAUAAUUUCUGUCAAGUUAAAUAUGCUUCCAGAUCCGCAUUCAUACAGUGCAGAAUAUAUUGUGUCAGGAGAUUCGUUAGGACAGACCUCAUUGACUUUUAUAGCUGGAUCAGAUAAACCACCAAUUCAAGAAACUGACUACCAUAGUAAACUUGUCUCAAGUGCCUUGUUACCAGUACAGGUGUUUCCUCCUCUUCAACUUAACCCAAGAAACAUAACCCUUGUUGUAGGGGCCACAUUUCAGGUAACUUGUGUUGGAGGCCCCCACCCUCAGUCCAACAUUGAAUAUGUUAUCGAAGACCAAAACAUUGCAACAGUGAUGGGAGCUGGUAUUGUAACAGCCACCAAACUUGGAAAUACAACACUUACAGCAAGAGCAGUGGGCUAUGUUAGGGAUAAGGGUGCCUUUAUUGUUUAUUCUAAGGACCAGGUGGAUAUAUAUGUUGUUCCUCUUCAUGGUAUAAGGAUUCACACUCCACUGACUCGAAUAGAAAAAGGGACAAAGGUUCCUUUCCAUGCAUUUGGUUUAAAUGAGCAUGAGUCUCCUUUUGCUUUUGGAACUGCUAUCCCAUCGCUUCUAUUUCAUUGGUCAGUGAACAACCCAGAAGUAGCUUCUUUGCAGAGUGUUUAUCACCAGAGUGGAAUACAACUUGGGGUUGAAAACAGUUUUGCUGUUCGACUUAUAGCUCAUCAACCAGGUCAUGUAACAAUUCGGCUUAUCGUGAAUCCAACUGGAGUAACAGCACAUUCCUAUCAUCAGACCCAUCAAUGUGGUACGUUAACAGAUGAAAUACAGAUACAGGUUUUUGACAAGCUAGCUCUUUCCAAACCACCUAUAUUUGGAAACUAUAUUUUAAUCAGUCCUGAAACACAGCUCCAACUGAAGUCAAACCGAGAUGGUAUUGCUCAAGUAAGCUACCAAAUUCUCUCAGUUGAUCAACCUUCAGCUGCUGAAGUUAGCAGGAAUGGACUACUGAAGUCAAGAUCCAAGACAGGAGAAGCUAGCUUAAUGGUGACAGCAAUGGAAGAAUUUGGAGUGAAUCAGUCUAUGUCUACUCUUGUCAAAGUAAAACCCGUCUCUCAUCUCAUGAUAAAUGCUCAAAGCGUUAUCCAGACCCUUAACCACUCUUUGCCUGUAAUCCCAGUGGGGUUGACCAUUAUGUUUUCUGUAUCGGCCCAUGACGACUUUGGGAGAAAAUUCCAUAUGACCAAUACAAAGAUCAAGUACAGACCAAGCAGAUUUGAUCUCGUUUGGUUAACUGAAGGAACAGAAAAUGGAACUUUAAUUGCGAAAGCUCUGAAAACUGGGAACACCGUACUGAAGGUAUGGGAUUCUAAGAACCCACAGUUGGUAGAUUAUGUGAAUAUUGUUGUUGGACAUGCCGUUGAACCCAUUUCUUCCAGCAUCACAGUAGGAGAUGUGAUUUGCUUCAACAGUGUUUUGGUAUCUCGGGAAGGUCACCAUGGAACCUGGUCCUCCGCAGAUGAAAAUAUUAUUCACAUUAAUCCAACAACGGCAGUAGGAGUAGCCUUACAACCUGGUGUGGGAGUGAUUAACUAUAACAUUUCUGGUGUAUUUGUGACCCAGUAUGAGGUGAAGAUCAGCCCCUUGACAACGGUUACCAUUGAUAAAGGGUCACUCCAAUAUUUUACUAAUGCGUAUUUAGAAAAGCCAUAUAAAAUUUCUGUAUUCCUUGGAGAAGCAGCUGAAAAACGGAAGUCAAACAUAAUAGGUGACAAUUGUGCAAGUGGAGAUAACAGUGUUCUGCCAUCUAAAUUCAAGCCACCUUUUGAAUGUGAAUUAGUGUUGGUGGACAGCCAAAGUGCAGAGGUUUCAGUGAGUGAUAUCUUCCUCACCAAAGCAGGCUUUGACUUUCAUACAGGUCAGUAUUUUUGUAGUAUUGAACCCAUCAGUACAGUUUCACAACAUCAAGUGAGUGUUCUGAAGUCCAAACUACAGCUGAAGGUUUAUCUUGUAAAUGCUUUAUAUUCAGCUCCAGAACAGCCGUCAUACAUAACCAUGAAUUUUAUACCAGGAUUUCACACCUAUGUGGAAGAACUAGUUUUGAGUAAUAUUCAACCAACAAAAACUAUUGGUGUUACUGGAGUAACUUCAGUCUUGGAAUGUGUGGUGGCCUUACCAAGUGACACAAAUAUCUUGGAGGUACUUCCACCAGAAUCAGAUGCCCAGGUUCCACACACAUUGUUGUUUACUGUGCGUGUUCGAGAUAUCUCUAGUCUCUGGGAAGUGGAAACACUGAUUACCCCUCUACAUGUUCAGUUGGAGUGUUCCAUAACUAAACAAAAGAAGAUUAUUCCUGUAAAACUCAAGUUAAUUGGACAGAGAGAAAGAAACUUUCAGUGUCAGCCAUUGCCUCGUGGUUGGGUGGGAUGGCACAGCCUUUUGCAGGUGGUGUGGGAAAGCUAUCAAUCUUGGUUUUGUACUACACUUUCAAUUAUUGGGACAUUAGCAGCAAUAUUUAUAGGUUAUAGGGCUUUUUUUGGAUCAAGAGACUAUUAUCAUGGUUCCCAGUCAGGGGCAUUUCUACAGCAAAAUGCAGCAGGAGAAAGUGUUACGCCUGUACACACUCUGCCGUAUUCGCCUUGGAGGCAGCCAUCUUCUCAGGGCUCUCGAGAUGUAACAGGACCUCAGCCACAACUUUGGAGUGUUGAUAAUUCUUCUGGUUCUCCUCCUUCGUUCAAGAAUUCACCCCAUCAUUCAAGCUCUUACAGAAGAAGAUAGAACUGGUUUGGCUGUAGGGAUGUUUUUAUCCUUGUGAUUAAAUUUGUGUGUAUGUAUUUGAUUUUCUACUUUCAUACUGGAUAUGUUUGUAAAUAAAGGAAAAAAAAUUUCAAGUUUGAUCCAUUGAAAUGUUUUCUUUAUCAUAAAUAUAUAUAUAUAACAAAAUUCACCAUUGUAAAAAUAAAAAAUUAAGACAAUGUUUUUAACAUGGUUGUAACAUUGCUACUUAUUUAGAGAAAAAAGGUUUAUGAUACCGAUAUCAAAUAGAUGUUUGACUUUAGUUUCCUUUGUUCUUGAGCAAAUUUUAAAAUAUUUUACUUAACUCAUUCCACACUAUCUUACAGUUAAGUAAAUGCUGUAGCUAUAGUACAGUUUUGAUGUUGAGGAAAACUUUAUAGUAAUAAAGAGGUAAUAGUAAUUUGUUGAUAGAUAAAUUGUUUUAACAGAAGAGUUUAACAUAUUUCGUAACAUUGUCUGGCAUAAUUAAAAAACUACUACCUCAGGAGUCGGAAACAGUUACAUAUAUUUUAUAACGAAAGCAACUUACCGUUAAAUAACCUGUAAGCAUAAGUUUUGUCCCUUCGUUACAUUUUGUCAUUGUUGUAAUUAAGUAAUUUUUUUUUUUCGAAAUUAAACGUGAAAUUCUUGUUUUUGACCUGUGCAAAACAACGGCUCAGCAUAUUUUGACGUGAGAUAAUAGUUUUUGAAUUUGCCUUUCACUAGUGUACCCAAAAUAUAAAAAUGAGUUGAAACUAUAAUAUUUUGUUGAAUAUUUGACCUCUUGAGGAAACCAUUUCAGCACCAAAGGAAAACAUUUGUGUCUUGGGUAGGAAGGAUGAGAAAUUUUGCUAGUAUGUUCAGUUGGUUUUUCAACAAGUCUAGACUUAGACUACUAUUCAAGACUUUUUUGUUUGAUGUCAUAUGCAUUGUCUUUUGUGAAAUAAUAAAUAUAAAACUUUUAUUAAUUGGCAAAGUCAGUUAAUCUUUUUGAAUUAUAAAACUGUAUUAGAUCAUCUAUACUUAUUAACUUUCACAUUAACUUAUUAAACAUCUGAGUGAAGCAUGAAGAUAUGGGCUUUAUUUCCAAGUGCUGACAGUGUAAAUCUAAUAUUUAAAAUAUUGGUACAUAACUUAAAAUGCAUAACUUGUUUCAGUUUGUUCUGUCUUAGUAGCAGAAAGUGACAGUUGAAUGUAACUGUGAAAAAAGUGUUAAAAUGAAAUUGUAUAACUUUAUGUGUGUCUGAGUUGUAAUAAAAUAGCUGUUGUGGUUUUUUGUAUCAAAGAGAUAUCAUAAGAUCAAUUUGGCUUAAAAUUAAACUAGAGCAAAGGAAAUUUUUAUGUGUGAGAAGAAAAAUUUAAUUGUUUGAGUUUCCCAAAAUAAAAGUUUUUCAAACAUGCAAGAACUUCGUUGCCAAAUUAGAGCUGUUUCUUAUCAGUGAAUUAGAUAAUUUUAUGUUUUCUCUGGAAACGUGGUAUUUAUUUUGUUUAAAGAAAACUUUUUUUUUUUUAAACUAGCACUGCUACUUUAUUAUAACAAUUUGUUUUUUAAAUAUUUGGAAAAUUAAUUAGUAAUCAUUUCUUUACCCAAGAAAACCUGCAAUCUUUUAUUCAAUAAGGAAGUACUGCUGAGGUCUUUCCAGUGCAUAAGUGAGAAUUUGCUGUCUGAAAAAUUGUGAAUGAGUAACUAUUAUUGUUUUUCAUCUAUCUAGUGUUUGGAAUUUUUUUAACGGUAUUGUUUGUAAAAUAAAGGUACUUAUUUUGUGUAAGCUUGAAAGUAUUAGUUUUGUAUGUUCUGUACUUUAUAAUAAAGUAAUGUUUGUUUCUUAUAUAUUUAAUUUUUCCUAUAAAAUUGUUCCUGUUCUGUGUUUCUGUUAUGAAGGCCCUGUUACGUUUUUUCCCCCCAUUGGGUCAGAGGUAUGUUUAUGGACUUAUCACAUAAAUUCCAGAGCUCAAUUCCCCAUUGUAGACAAAGAGCAGAUAGCCUAUUGUGUAGCUUUGUGCUAAAACAAACACACAAACAAAUUAUUGCAUCUCAGGGUUCCCAAUGGAGCCUUAAAAAAGUCUUAACUUAAUUGCAUACCAAACUAAUCUUCAUGCUCUUAAGUAGACAUACAAGAGUAACAAAACGUUGUUAAACACAUUGGUGCUCAUUGUAAGUGUAUUAAAAGUUGAAUAAAUGACUUGUGAUGGGUAUUUGAACGAUUGUUAUUGUUUUGAGUUCAGUCAAACUGGAUUAAUGUCAC